CGCUCGGUGGCCGGCUUCCAGCCAGGCAGCCAGCCGCCCCAGGCCCCGCUCCUCCCUGAACCGUUAUCCGCUAAUCACCAUCACCUCCCCCGGUGGAAGCAGACGCGGCUCCGCCUCGGCCAUGACUGGAAGGAGCCGCUGAGACCUUCCCAUCCUCCGCCGGAGAGCCGGGACCUUUAGUUUCUAGCGCGGUGUAAAUGAGGCGGAGCCUGAGGCGCGGCGGCGGUGGUGAUGGUGUUGAACUCAGGUGAAGUCUUCAUGGAUCAGGUCGAGGCUGAAAGCGUCAGGGACCGGUCGGACGUCCGUCCAGAUCCGCCCAGAACCGCCAAAGCCAGACGGAGCAAUGCGGCCAAGAAGGAGGCGGUGCCGUCCCAGAACGGGGUCGCGACCCCGAGGACCAGAGCGCCCCUCCGCCGGCCCCUCAGCAUGGAGGUGACUUCGUCGCCGCGUCCCGCAGUGCUUCAGCCGCCGUGGCGCAGCGGGGCGGCCACCCCCUCCCCCGCGGCCGCCCCGUCGCCCCGGGCUCGCAGCCUCACCAGCCCCAGCCUGUCGGCGGGCGGCUGGAUGCGCCGCAGCGAGAGCUCCUGCUCCGUCAACUACACCGCAGGGCCGCGGGCCGGCGGACGCUUGCGUCCCGCCACCUCCCUGCCUCACAUUGCCAAAGGGGCGGUGGGCUCGGCGGCCCCCCCGCCUGCCCGACCCUGCCUGCUGGUCGCCCUGCGACCUUUGAACCUGGAGCAGGAGAAGCAGACGUUCUUCCAGUCCGACUAUAAAUACGAGCCGCAGUUCGAGUACGCGCAGCCCGAACCGCGGAGCGUUCUCGACAAGUACCGGGAGGGGUCGGGCCUCUUCGUGGAGCAGGCCGUGGGGAUCAUGGAGUGCGUCCUGAGGAAGUUCGGCUCCUACGAGAACUUCGAGGAGGCGACAGGAGGCAGCGUCCUGCCCAAGAGUCAAGUCUGGGCGGCGGUCCGCAAAUACCUGCAGAAGGAGGGCUGCGUGGGGGAGGUGGUGGUGCGUCUCUCUGAUGAGCUGCUGUCGCAGGCCGUCAUGGUGGUGGAGAGCUGCCGUCCCACUCUGACCAUCAACCUGGCCGGCGCUCGCCAGCACUGGCUGGAGGGGAUGCUGCGGCACGAGAUCGGAACCCACUACCUACGCGGCGCCAACAACGCGCUGCAGCCCUGGGCGUCCGCCGAGGCGCGGCGGCAGCUAGGCCUGAAGCCGGCCAACCCGACGGAGGAGGGCCUGGCCAGCCUGCACAGCGUUCUGCUGAGGAAGCAGCCGCACCUGUGGCGCGCGGCGCUGCUCUACUACACCGUGUUCCACGCCGCCAGCAUGAGCUUCAGCCGCCUCUUCGCCCACAUCGCCCGCUUCGUCCACGACCCGGACGUCCGCUGGGAGUACUGCCUGCGGGCCAAGAGGGGUCAGACCGACACCGCGCAACCCGGUUGUUUCAGCAAAGAUCAAGUCUACCUGGACGGGAUCCUGCGGAUUCUUCGCCAUCGGAGGAACAUCGACUUUAAGAUGCUGACGUCUCUAGGAAAGGUGUCUUUCGAGGAUGUGGAGCGUCUGCGUCCUCUGGCGGCCCUGAACCGGACCAGAAUCCCUCACUUCAUGCAUGACCAGGCGCGUUACCUGCAGCACCUGGACCACAUCGUGGCCGUCAACGAGCUGGACGACGCAACGCUGCAGCAGCUGCUGCCCUGAAUCCCACGAAAGGUCACAUCUUAACGGCGCUCUACAGGAAAAAAUGUCGCAUUGUAACAAAACUUGAUAGGGAGUCGUAACGACUCUUUAUGUGAAAAACCUGCCCAGCGAUUUUAUUGAUUCCCACCAAAACUUGACAAGGAAAAACAUCGUAACGUCACUUCCUGUGGAAAAACCCGUCCAGCGUUUUUAUAAAACUUGAACGAUCCAAACGGGACGACACCUCCCUCGUUUUCACUCGGAUGCAUGGUUGUGCUGCGUUUCCAACGCGGAUCGGUGCAUUUUAACUGCGCUCCCUUUAUCAAGUUACCUCACUAUUAUCACUACGUAAUCACCAUUAUAUAUGUAGACUCACAUAAUCAUAGACGGCUUUAUUUAUGUUUCACUCGUUUACGUUUUUGUUAGGUUGCAAAAAGAACAAACUGAAUGUCACUGGUGUUAGCUUUAUGUUUUGUUUUUGAAACGACGUUUUUAUGCCUUAGAUUGUUUGCAUUUUUAAAAAGAACACCAAGGACACAACAUUUAAAAACCAGAGGGGUUCGCAGUGACUGAGGUCAUGAAUCUUUAAAAUACCAAGUGCCACUGGACUCAGCCGAGCGUUUCGCCCCCAGGGUUUUAAUUAUCAGUGUUAUUAUGGAGCUAAUCAGCGGCGUUGUCUUAAUUGUGUCCUUGGUGAGCUUUCUUAGUUCGCUACUGUGAGUUCUCCCGCUGCAACAACCAAACUUUACUUUGUCUGGUUCAACAUUUGGGGUCUUUGGUGGACGUUUCCCAAAGAUAACAGGGUUUUGGUGACUACCGCCUCUGAAAAUCAGGACUUUUAAAUCAAAAAUAUAAUCCAUUCAAACUUUAAUCAAUGCAUUUGAAAUAAUCUUGAAAAGCAGAUAAAAAGCUCAAUGAUAUCUAGGAAUACUAAUCGAUCACAGAGAUUGGAUUAUGAAAGGUAAAUUUUAACAUUAUUAGCUAAAAAUAAGCUUUUUUGGUGAAAGGGAAAGAGAGUUUAAAAGAUGAAUGUUAUUUAUGGAAGUCAAAAAUAAUGGCAUAAAGGAGACCUAGCAGACUGGCACCUUUCAGAGAUUAUAAAAAACUAUUACUUGUAGUGUUGUUUCGCUCUAAACUAUCCCAAAAUUAAAACAGUGGUCACCAGAAUAUUAAAGUGUAUGUUUUAUGAAUUGGCCCUUAUUUUAUAAAUAUUGACAAAAUCUUAAUAAACUGAGCUGUAGGAAUCCGUCCAAUUAAGCAGCUUAGAUAAAAAAAGACUUUUCUCAAACACUUUAGUGAGUGUCGGAGUACUUCUCAGCCUCAGAGCCUCUAAAACCUGGACACUUUCACUUUUUCUUCACUUUUAAUUUGUUCCUUAAAAUUAGACAUUAUUUCUCUACACAGCUUGUGACUCACCUAGCAACGGUCGGUAAGCUGAGCAUGGACAGAAUCUGGUCCUUGAUGACAUCACAGAGCUUUCUGGGGUUUUUAUGCAACAAGUCUGUUACAUUCGUUGAGAGAGAGCUGGAGUUUGGUGAGAGAUUGAGAUAGUUUGCGAUUUUAGCUAAAUAGUUCUUCAAGUAUCUGAGAGUUUGCUUUAGUAUCCAUUGCAAAUCCAAGAAGCCAUGAGCCACAUUGCGAAUCCAAAGCCUUGUGCGCUCCCGGUUUUUUUGGGAACAUGAUCGCGCCGAUGGUUGAAGAGUUUUUUUGGUCCAUUUCAUUGGAUCAGACCCUGGAUUUAGCCAUGGGGAAUCCUGAUUGCGACACCAAGUCCUCCUUGAAGGAGCUGCUUUUAAACUUACUGAAUGAAUGUGGCAGCUUCAUUCUCUGCAAUAUCCCUAAGAAGGGCAUCAGAUUCCAAGAUGUGGACACGAUCUUGGGAAAUGUGCUGCUAACAACAUUUGCAGACACCCUUCAGAUUACAAGGAAGGUUCAUCCCAAGAGUUUUGACUGUUUCAAUGACUUAUUUAUUUCAUAUGUCAAAGAAUUGCUGAAAUCUGUCUGCUCCACGCAAGGUCCAGCAACUUCUGUGGCCGGCCACAAGUCUUGGUCGGACGCAGUGGAUUCAAUCCUUCCACUUGCUCUCCAGCUGAUAGAGGAAUUGCUAGUGUGUUGCUGUAAAGAACAUCGUCAGAGAGAACGAAAAGCUGCUAGAGAACAGCAACAGAGAGAAGACCACCCAGGUGCCAGCUCUGAUUUCCAAGCUGCAGAGGACGACAUCAUCAAAACUCCACAGAAUACAGGAAACCUGGAACCAGGCAUCCUUGAGAAAUUAGACUCUGAAGUGGCAACAGACGAGACGUAUGACAGAAAUCUUGUUUCUGAAAAUCAGGAAUCAGACUUGAAGAUGGUGGAUGAAUUCAUUUUGGAGGAACUUUCAAAGACCAUGCAUAUAAAUGAGUUGAUCUCUAAGGAAAGGGAAUCAGAUAUAAAGAUGGUGGAUGAAUUUAUUUCUGAGGAGUUUUCAGAUCUGACAAAAGCUGCUAAUCUUAUGAUGAAGGAAAAGGAGUCAUAUCUGAAAAUGAUGGAAGACUUCAUCUUUGAGGUGCUGCAAAGGUCAGGGAAGUGAAAAAGUCAAUCUCUGACCAACACCGUUCAGCGAUCCCAGGUAAUUCAUUGGACGACCUUCCACCAAUUGACAAACGAGAGUCUAGAGAUGGAGCUGCUUCUCUUGCCAUUGCUCAACAGAAGAAAAAAGCAGCUGGAGUCAAAAUGGAGAACUGUCAAAAUUACUGCAAAGAACAAUGCAAUAGAGAUUCACCGACUCCAGGGGAGGAAGAAGCAACAGUUCCAACAGUGGAAAACUUCAUUUUAGAGGAAUCGAAGCAGCCAAAAGGCAGACAGUUAGUUGAUGCAGAGCAGGAGUCAGUGGUUACCACAAAGGUUGCUGAACCGCUGCCAGUCGCAGAGAAAGAGGAGCAGCAGUCAUCUGAGGCUCCAAUGGGAAGAGAAGCAGCAGGAGAUGGAGCUGCUCCUCUUCCCAUUGCACAACAGAAGAACAAAGCAGCUGGAGUCAAAACGGAGGACCUUGAAAAUUACAGCAAAGAACAAUGCAGUAGAGUUUCACCGGCUCCAGGGGAUGAAGAAGGAACAGUUGAUGAAGAGAAGGAGUCAAUGGUUACCACAAAGGUUGCCGAACCGCUGCCAGUCAUAGAGAAAGAGGAGCAGAAGUCAUCUGAGGCUCCAGUGGGAGCAGCUCUCCCAGUAGAGAGCCCAGUGGAGAGCUGCUCCUCUCCAAUAGGACGAGGAGCAGCUGGAGAUCCAGCUGCACAACAGAAGAACAAAGCAGCUGGAGUCAAAGUGAAGAACCGUCAAAAUGACAGCAAAGAACAAUGCGAUAGAGUUUCACCGGCACCAAGGGAAGGAACACUUCCAAUAGUGAAAAACGGAAUUUCAGAGGAAUUGACUCACUCAAAAGGCAGACAGAUAGUUGAUGCAAAGCAGAAGUCAGUGGUUACCACAAAGGUUGCUGAAUCGCUGCCAGUCGCAGAGAAAGAGGAGCAGAAGUCAUCCAUCAUGCUGCUUGUUAAUGCAAUUCUUAUCAAGGUCAUCCCAAAAUCAAGGAUACCAUGCAAGUUCGAAGACCUCCAAGCCAUCAUAGAGAGGUUGUCUGAGAAAAUCUAUGCCGAGGUAAAGGGUCAAGAUCUAAAGAACAUUCAAAGUAGUCUGAACAAUCUCUGCAAUGACAUACUGAGAGCAGUCUCCAAAAAAAUGGGCUGCUCAAAAAAAGAUGUUCUCUUAAUGUUGGGUUUCAACAGUUCAAUGGUAGAGGAGCCAUUCAUUUCCAUUUGCAAAGAGAAAAUAGUAAAACCAGCCAAAAAAUCCAGCCGCAUUAAAUCUUUCUGGGACUCUACAUUCAAGAUUCUUUUCAAGUCAAAAUAAAUAAUCAAAUCUGGAAAUUUAUAUUAAUCACAGAGGAAAAGCAGCAGUAAGUUUUAUUGACCUGAAGUUCUUUGGCGCUCGGACACUGGUGGAAGACGUGCGUGCUGAGAAUCACUGUGAGUUUGGAUGAGGGGCCAGACACAGCACAGCCUAAAGACCCCAAUGAUGAAUGACAACUUUGGACUUGGUGUUCCUUUGCCUGGACGUGGGUCACCGGGGUCCCACUCUGGAUUCAGGUCUGGAGGUGGGGCACGAUGGCGAGCACCUGGUGGCCGAACUUUUACCCAUGGGCUCAGCUCGAAGAGGAAGCAUGGGUCCCCCAACCCAUGAGGGGGCCAAUGGGGUCAGGUGCAGUGUGGGAUGGGUGGUGGCCAACAGCACCAGGACACCCUUGGCCACAGUUCGAUGACCGACUUUGUCAUCGUUUUAUCGGGUGAAGUGUAUAUCUUCACUCGGGUGAAGAUAUACACUUCACCCGAGUGUCUUCGACACUCGGGUGAAGAGAGGUGCGGAGCUGUCCACUAACCACUACUGGAAAAGGGUAGAGUGCCUUCUCCGGGUUGAGGGGGUGUCCUGCCCCAAGUGGAGGAGUUCAAGUAUCUCGGGAUCUUGUUCAUAAAUGAGGGAAGAAGGGCACAGGAGAUCGACAGGCAGAUUGGUGCAGCAUCUGCCGUGAAGAGGAUGCUGUACCGGUCCGUCAUGGUGAAGAGAGAGCUGAGCCAAAAAGCGACACUCUCAAUUCAUCAGUGAAUCUACGUUCCCACCCUCAUCUAUGGUCAUGAGCUUUUGGUCAUGACCAAAAGAAUGAGAUCUCGGAUACAAGCAGCCAAAAUGAGUUUCCUCCAUAGGGUGUAUGGGCUCUCCCGUAGAGAUGGGGUGAGAAGCUCAGUCAUCUGGGAGGGACUCAGAGUAGAGCCGCUGCUCCUCCACAUCGAGAGGAGCCAGUUGAGGUGGCUCGGGCAUCUGGUUAGGAUGCCUCCUGUGGACACCUCCCUGAAGAGGUGUUCCAGGCACGUCCCACCGGGAAGAGGCCCCGGGAAAGACCCAGGCCACACUGGAGGGACUAUGUCUCAGCUGGCCUUGGAAUGCCUUGGGGUUCCCCCGGAGGAGCCGGAAGAAGUGGCCACGGAGAGGGAAGACUGGGCCUCCCUUCUGAAGCUGCUACCCCCGUGACCCGAACCCGAUAAAGCAGAAGGAAAUGGAUGGCUUGGAUGACCGGCUCGGGGCGAAGCUCAAGGUAAUCUUCCCCCGGGCCCAGACUCUGGUGGUGGAGUGGAGCCUGGAGAGGAAGGAGCUUGGACGGAUAGGAAGGUUAAGUAUUGACACACAAAGUUUGAAGGAAAUCAUUUGGAGAGAGAAUUUAUUUUUUAAACCUCUGGUUGUCAGAUCUUUUGUAUUCUUAUAUUUUGAAUGUUGUAGCUGAGAAACUUUAUGCUCACAAACAACAGCUGCAAUGAAACCAUGAACCUCCCAAAUGUUGAACCAGUCCUGAUUUUUUAAAUAGAUGAAAUGCCAAAGUGGCAUCUAGUACUGUUUUCGGUUGUUUAGUGAAGCAGCUGAACCCAGCUGUCCUGAUUCUGAUCCAGCUGUCCUGGUUCUGAUCCAGAUGUUUUGGUUCUGACCCAGAUGUUUCGGUUCUGAGGAGGCCGGGUCUCGCGGUGCCUUCGAUGGGUUUAGCGCUCAUCCGCUGAAGCUCUUGAAGUUCUUGUGCUCGUUUGCUGCUUUUUACUUUGACACUAAGGACGUUCGUUGGUCACGGCAUUCGGUUCGGGUCGGAGCAGAACCGGGUCACGUUUUUAUCUGAAAACCGGUGGAUGCUUUUUAAAUGCGUGGUUUGAUUUUUGCGGACCGGUUGGACUUUUCUCUGCUGUGUUUACAGUUCACGUCGCCUCAGCAGGAUCGUUUGAAAUCUGAGCGUUCAGAACUUUGGCCCGGAUUCUUCCAAAACGAAUGCACCAACUUGUAACGCACGAAUGUUGCACAAGUGUUUUCUGUUCUGGAAAUACAUGUUGAAGUUCCAGUGUUAUUUAUUAAACAAGCACUUACUGAA